AUGAAUUCAGAUUAUACUAAAGAUAGAAAAACUACUAUUACAUUUGAUGAAAAACAAUUACCUGGAACACCACCAGAAAGUAUCACCACUUUAACUGAUAUUAAUAAUAAUAAUAAUAAUAAUAAUGAUAAAGAAAUUAAACCUCAAGAAUUAGCUGAUAAAUUAAGUGAUGUUCAUAGUAAUCUUUUACCAAAAUCACAAAUUAUUAUUAUUUUAUUGACAUUAUCAUUAGCUAAUAUAGUUUCAUUUAUGGAUCAAACUGGUAUUACCAUUGGAUUAUCAAUAAUUAGUAAAGAUUUAAAUGCUCAACAAUCUAUUAAUUGGGCUGGUUCUGCUUCAUUAUUAGCUAAUACUGUUUGUCAAGUUUUAUUUGGACGAAUGAGUGAUAUUUUUGGUAGGAAAAAAAUUAUUUUAAUAUGUCUUAUGAUUUUAGUAAUUGGAGAUAUUUCUUGUUCAUUAGCUCGUAAUGGAAUUGAAUUUUUUAUAUUUAGAGCAUUAGCUGGUAUUGGUAAUGGAGGAGUAUCAUCAUUAUCAAUGGUUAUACUUAGUGAUAUUGUUUCAUUAAAAGAUCGAGGGAAAUAUCAAGGUAUAUUAGGAGCUUCAGUUGGUAUUGGUAAUGCUAUUGGACCAUUUAUAAUGGGAGCAUUUAUAAAAUAUAAUAAUAAUAAUUGGAGAUGUUAUUAUUAUUUUUUGGCACCAUUAGGAUUUAUUGUUAAUAUAAUAUUAUUUUUUUGUCUUAAAAAUAAUCAUAAGCAUAAAAAUAAUCAUAAAGAUAAAAAAUUAAAUGAUGUUAUAUCAAGGAAAGAAAAAUUUUUAAAUAUUGAUUAUAUGGGAAUUUUAAUGGCAACGUCAAGUUUAACAUUAAUUUUAAUUCCUUUAAAUGGUGGUGGAUCUACUUAUAAUUGGAAUAGUAAUUUAGUAAUUAUUAUGUUUACAAUUGGUGGAUUAUUAUUAUUAGGAUUUUUAUUAAUUGAAUGGAAAUUUGCUAAAUUACCAAUGAUCCCACUUGAACUUUUUAAAAAUCCUUCACUUUGUUUAUUAUAUUUAGCAACUUUUUGUUUUGGAGCAACUUAUUUUAGUUUUAUUUAUUAUUUACCUUAUCAUUUUCAAAUAAUUAAAAAUAAAAAUGAAAUUGAUACUGCUAUAUUUUUAUUACCUUUAGUAUUAAUGCAAUCUAUUUCAUCAAUUAUUUGUGGUAGAAUUAUUAGUUAUACUGGUCAUUAUUUUUAUGUUGUUCAAUCAGGUUAUUUACUUUGGUUAUUAAGUGUUGGGUUAUUAAUUUUAUGGAAUAAAUCUUUACUGGAUGGAAUUCAUAUUUUAAUUUUAUUUAUUAUGGGUACUGGUGUUGGAGCUGCUUUCCAACCAUCAAUGGUUGCUGUUCAAGCAAAUUGUAAAAAAUCACAAAGAGCUGUAGCUAUAUCUACAAGAAAUGUAUUACGAUCAUUAGGUGGAACCGUUGGAAUUGCUAUUGGUUCUACUAUUGUUAGUAAUUCAGUAUUAAAAGAAUUAACUCCCCUUAAUAAUAAUAAUAAUAAUAAUCCCAAUUCAAAUUCAAAUUCAAAUUCAAGUUUAUCACCAGAAAUAAUUAAAUAUAUUAAAAAUCAUAUUUAUGAAAAAAUCCCUUUAACAUCAUUAAAUUUAAAUAAUCAACAAAUUAAUGAAAUUAAAGAUAUUUAUACUAUUGCUUUAAGAAAUUAUUAUUAUUUUUUAAUUCCAUUAAUGACUAUUUGUGUUAUAACAGCAAUGUUUAUUAAAGAUAAUGGAUUAAAAGCUUUAGAUGAACAAAAUCCAAUUGAUACUAAAGAUUUUAUUAAACGUAAACAAGAUCUUGAAUCUUCUGCUUCUUCAAUGACUGUUAAAUGUGAAAAUGAAAAUGAAAAUGAAAAUUGUAUAAACACAACAGUAAACAAGUGA